AUGGAAGACCUUUACAUUCCUUUUUUCACUAUAGUGACAACCUACCUGUCAUACUUUAUAGUUAUCGUGCUGGGGCACGCCAGGGACUUUAUUGGGCAAAUGCUCUUUCCAAAGCUCUACAAACACAUGUUUGCCAGUGAUGGAAGGCCGCCUCUUUUUACAGCCUCGGGCAGCUUCUACACAAGGCGUCUGUAUGGCAGGCUCAACGACUGCUGGAACCGCCCCAUCACAGGAAUACCUGGGAGAUCAGUUAAUGUGCUUAUUAGGGCCCGGGGCAAAGACGGAGACAUGACUUUGACGGGAGAGAUAAAAAAGUGCCUGAAUUUAGGAUCCUACAACUAUCUGGGGUACGCAGGAAUGUAUAACAAAGAGGCGCAGAAGACUCUUCGUGAGCAUGUUCUGGCCUACUGCGCCCCUGUCAGGUUUUUGCCGCCAUGCCCGCUGAUAAAGGAGCUGGAAAAAAGCAUGGCCGAGUUUCUGUACAAAGAAGACGCUAUUGUUUUUCCCAUGGGCUUUGCCACCAACGCAUGCUCUAUUCCGUACUUGGUGGACAAGGGCGACCUGAUUAUUGCAGACUCUCUGAACCACUCGAGCAUUUUCUUUGGCACCCGCAUCAGCCCGUGCAAGGUCGAGCGGUUUGCACACAACAACAUAGCCAUGCUGGAGAAGAUUCUUCGAAAAGCCAUAAUUGAAGGGCAGGACAGAACACACCGGCCGAUUGGGCGCAUCCUUGUGAUUGUCGAGGGAAUCUACUCUAUGGAGGGGGAGUGUGUCAAGCUAAAGGAGAUCCUGGCGCUCAAAAAGAAGUAUCCAUUCUACCUGUUUAUAGACGAAGCACACUCAAUAGGCGCAAUGGGGAAGAGCGGGCGGGGCGUCUGUGAGUACCUCAAUGUUGAUUUUGACGAGAUCGAUCUUCUAAUGGGAACCUUCACAAAAAGCUUUGGAGCGUCUGGCGGAUACAUUGCUGCAAACAAAAAGAUCAUAAACCUGCUUAGAAAAAGAUCCGAGCUGAUAAAUAGAGGCGAGCAAAUGCCUCCUGUGGUGGCCACCCAGAUACUUGAGUGCUUGAAGAGAAUGAAGACCCCCGAGGGCAUUGAGGAGAUACAGAAGCUGGCCACAAAGUCCAGAUACUUCCGAGACGCCCUCCAGAAAAUGGGGUUUAUUGUUAUUGGCGAGAAAGACUCUCCGGUGGUUCCCCUCAUGCUGUACAACCCUGGAAAGAUCGCCGAAUUCUCAAGAAUGUGCCUUAAGGAGAACAUUGCUGUUGUUGUAGUGGGCUACCCAGCAACUCCUGUUAUAAGCAGCAGAGUGCGCUUUUGCCUGUCUGUGGCCCAUAAGAAGGAAGACCUUGACAGGGCGCUUUCUGUGAUAAGUAAGAUAGGGGACCUUCUAGGCCUAAAAAUUGCAAAGAAAUAA